AUGGGGUUCUUUAAAGUGGUGCUACUAGUUGCGCUUGCGCUGGUAUUUGAGAACAAAAUCAUACAAGCCGGUGUUUGCAAAGGACGAAGUACCGUAUUGGAGGUACGGAUACCACAACACACAAACGUCACAAUUAAAUAUCCAUCUGAAAUCGAUCCUGUUCAGUUUGUUCCGUAUCCAUACGCUCAAAGUAACAAUCCGAAUGGGCCUCAAUGCUUCACAUGUCAAAAAAAUAAGUGUCAAAAAUGUAACAACUUUAAUCCAAACCCAACAUCUAUAAGGCCUCCUUCAGCUAUAAAAACUAAUAUUGUAAUAGAUAUUAAGGGAUCAAAAUCUGAUUCAUCGGGACAACCUGAUAAAGGUAAAAACGCAGGAAAAGAUGGUACAGUAAUCGUUUUAGAAGAUGAAACGUCAGCUUCGAGCACAAGCAAAGCGGCGGCUGAAGGAGAUAAAGGAUCGUCUGCAACUAGUGCUGCUUCCUCUGCAGUUACCCAUCAUGAUUUAAUUGCUGCAUUCAAUGAAAAUAGUCCAACAAAUGAUGGUACAAAGGGUAAUACUCAAGAUAUUUAUGUGGAAGAUAAUUCACAAUCUUUAUCAAGUGCCACAGCUGAUGCUUCAAAUAAUCCUAAAAAAACACCACAACAACCAACGGCACCAGAAGUACCAUCGGAAACUAAGACACCUACUUCAUCUCAGAAACCAUUAAAUCCUCAAGCACCAUCAAAACCUCAGGAACCUUUAACUGAUCAAGGAUCAGUACCUCAAGAGCCAUCGUCCCCUCAAUUACCUACAGCACCUGAAGCAUCUACAGCGCCUGAAACACCUACAGCACCUCCAACGUCACAAGCACCUACAGCACCACAAGCACCUCCAGCACCUCAAGCAUCUCAAGCGCCCACGGAACCUCAAGCAGCCUCGCCACCAUUGACACCUGAAGCAUCGAAAGUACCUCAGGAGCCACCAUCACCUCAGGAUCCACCAUCACCUCAGGAUCCACCAUCACCU